CACUUCAAUCCAAUUCAAACAAACUACUCAAUACUCUUUCAAUAACCAAUACUUUCUCACUCAUUCAAAAUGGAGACUGUCAAGAACGCCGCCAACUACGUCGCUGAGACUGUCCAGGGAACUGGUGCUACCGCUUCCAAGGAGGCCAACAAGAACGUCGCUAAGGACAACGAUGCCAGCCUCGGCACCCGUGCCUCCGCUGCCAAGGACGCCGUCGGUGACAAGUUCGAUGAGUCCAAGCACGACACCAAGGCCGAUGUCCACAAGGAGGCCGCUAAGCACUAAAUCAAUCAAUGUUUGAUACGAAUGUCGAUACCUGUUAGGAUAUUUGCUUUGUUCUAGCUAUGACGAUGUCCAUGAUGAUGUCUA